CGCGCGAGCGGGCGGGCGGCUCCGGGGCUCGGGUCCUGCGGCAGCGCCUGCAGCGCGGAUCCCCCACUUCCCCGCGGGGGCCCAGCCUCUGGGGGCGCCCCCCGAGGGGCCCCCCGAGGCCCCGCCCCUCCCGCCGAGGCCCCGCCCCCCGCCGGCUCUGGCCCCGCCCCCGGGCCCGGGCCGCAGCGCCAUGGCCUCGGAGUCGGUGAAAGUGGUGGUGCGCUGCCGCCCGAUGAACCAGCGCGAGCGGGAGCUCAGCUGCCAGCCCGUGGUGACGAUGGACUGUGCGCGCGGCCAGUGCUUCAUCCAGAACCCGGGCGCCGCCGACGAGCCCCCCAAGCAGUUCACCUUCGACGGCGCCUACCACACGGACCACGUCACCGAGCAGAUCUACAACGAGAUCGCCUACCCGCUGGUGGAGGGCGUCACUGAAGGCUACAACGGCACCAUCUUCGCCUACGGCCAGACGGGCAGCGGAAAGUCGUUCACCAUGCAGGGCCUGCCGGAGCCGCCCUCCCAGAGAGGCAUCAUCCCCAGGGCGUUUGAACACGUGUUUGAGAGUGUGCAGUGUGCGGAGAACACCAAGUUCCUGGUCCGGGCCUCCUACCUGGAGAUCUACAAUGAGGAUGUCCGUGAUCUGCUGGGGGCCAACACCAAGCAGAAGCUGGAGCUGAAGGAGCACCCGGAGAAGGGUGUGUACGUGAAGGGGCUGUCCAUGCACACGGUGCACAGCGUGGCCCAGUGCGAGCGCGUCAUGGAGACGGGCUGGAAGAACCGCUCGGUGGGCUACACCCUCAUGAACAAGGACUCCUCACGCUCACACUCCAUCUUCACCAUCAGCAUCGAGAUCUACGCUGUGGACGAGCGGGGCAAGGACCACCUCCGGGCGGGCAAGCUGAACCUGGUGGACCUGGCAGGCAGCGAGCGGCAGUCCAAGACGGGCGCCACGGGGGAGCGGCUCAAGGAGGCCACCAAGAUCAACCUGUCGCUGUCGGCGCUGGGCAACGUCAUCUCGGCGCUGGUGGACGGCCGCUGCAGGCACAUCCCCUACCGCGACUCGAAGCUCACCCGGCUGCUGCAGGACUCGCUGGGCGGCAACACCAAGACGCUGAUGGUGGCCUGCCUGUCGCCCGACAACAAUUACGACGAGUCCCUGAGCACGCUGCGCUACGCCAACCGCCAAAACAUCAAGAACAAGCCGCGCAUCAACGAGGACCCCAAGGACGCGCUCCUCCGCGAGUACCAGGAGGAGAUCAAGAGACUGAAGGCCAUCCUGGCCCAGCAGAUGGGCCCCACGGGCCAGCCAGGUAGGGUGGCCCUGGAGGGCGUGGCAGGAAGGGGCGGGCCCGAAGAGAAGCGAGCCUACGCCUGGCGUCUCGUCCCCACCUCCUCUGACGCCACGGGGCACGGCUGUCUUGGUUGGUUUGUUUUCAUUUUAUUUGAAAGGUGGACACGGAACUUCCAUCCACUGGUUCACGCUCCAAAUGCCAGCGACAGCCAGGGCUGGGCCAGGACCCAGGAGCGCAGUCUGGGUCCCCGACCUGGGUGGCAAGGACACCAGUACUUGAGCCGUCACUGCUGCCCCCAAGGGUGGACAUUAGCAGGAAGCUGGGAUUGGAAGUAGCAGGACUUGAACUCAG